AAUAUCACAUGGGAGUGUUUUCCCUCUCCUCCGCAGACACAGUGUUCCCUGGAUGGCAGUGCUAAACCCGUAGCCUCUGCGGAAAUACAAGUCAUUGGUAGAAUACACGCCUCUCAGACAUCAGUGCAGAGCAGAAGAAAGAAAAAAGGAAGAUGGAUAGUGUCUUUAGUUUGUGAUGACCUUGUUUAAUUUCCUGCCACUUCGGCAUGGAGACAGCGCUGUCGGUUUUCGCCAAACCUCCUCGCACCGUCUGGUCUGAACCGGUUCGGGAUGUGCGCGGUCUCGUGCUCACUGCAGACUCCACGCACGCACUGAUUCGCGCAGCAGUCCGCGCCCUCUUCACGCUCCGUGCAGAAACGCUCUCAUUGGUCAGGAUGUGCACGACCCACCCACAUCUCCCGCGUGCUGUUUGGACGACGAGUGAGUUCCCCAGUUGUGAUUGGUCCAUGCCCCUCCAAAACUUUUAUUUUGGGGCAAGCCCCGUUUAUUGUGCACGGGCACGCGGAGAAAUGGAGUUGUAAACGAAGCUCGUGCACUUUUCAGCACCAAAAACUCGUGGACAGCAGCCAACGGAGGAGAAGGGGGUGACGCUGAGGGUUAGCUUAUUGUGAUAAACACAAGACCGAGCGGUUUGCGACGCCACACUGCCGCUGCGAUCGCGGGAAACCUUCACCGGUGGCACUGAGUCGGGGAGGGACGACACACAGCGGCACAGCCUGUGCUUUGUUCGCCCCGGCGGGCAGAUCGUGCCGCGAGCUGGAUAUCGGUUAGAGACACGUUUCAGCGGGUGAACACACCGUUUUUCUCGGUUCGCUCGUGUCGAAUUUUUCGCGCUCUGGAGCCCACUAACUGCACCCCGGGAAGACCUAACGCCUGCAGAUGAGGGGAAACAAAGGUGAUAACGACUGUUAUUCAUCGGUCCGCGCGACGGUUGAGCCGGGGACCUGUUUUUAGCCACAUAGCAACCUGCUCGUGCUGCUAGCCUCUCCAUUGUGUGAGCAGCUCUGCCGCCAGACCCCCGAGUCACUCUCUGCCGCCACACACCUGCUAUAACUGUGUGUUCUCCGCCGGAUUUUUUAAACUUUUUUGAAUCCACCCAUCCAAAAUGUGCUCUCGGAUUUGGUUCGUGACCGACCGGCGGAUCAGCCAGGAGUACCCGCAGGUCCAGAUCCUCCGGGCGCUGAAGGAGCGCUGCUCCGACGAGGAUGUUGAAUUCCGCUCGCUGCUCAUGGAUCAAAUCGUGCUAACGAUCAGCGAUGGACAAUUAGGUCUGCGAGUGGAGCAGGAACUAGUGACAUCUUAUCCACAGGUGGUGGUGGUGCGGGUGCCCACGCCCUGGGUGCAGUCAGAUAGUGACAUCACUGUGCUGCGCCACCUGGAGAAGAUGGGCUGUCGGCUGAUCAACCGUCCCCAGGCUAUACUUAACUGUGUCAACAAGUUCUGGACCUUUCAGGAGCUAGCCGGCCACGGAGUGCCUCUUCCUGACACCUUCUCUUACGGAGGGCAUGACAACUUCCGAAAGAUGAUUGACGAGGCAGAGCCACUCGGCUACCCCGUGGUGGUGAAGAAUGCACGGGGCCACAGAGGCAAAGCUGUGUUCCUGGCCCGGGACAAACACCACCUGACAGACCUGUGCCAUUUGAUCCGCCAUGACACCCCCUACUUGUUUCAGGAGUAUGUCAAAGAGUCGCAUGGCCGUGACGUCCGGGUGGUCCUGGUGGGCGGCCGUGUCAUCGGCUCGAUGCUACGUUGCUCCACGGACGGUCGCAUGCAGAGCAACUGCUCUCUGGGGGGUGUCGGUAUGAUGUGCCCACUGAGCGAGCAGGGGAAGCAGCUGGCCAUCGAAGUGUCCAACAUCCUCGGCAUGGACGUGUGCGGCAUCGACCUGCUGCAGAUGAACGACGGCUCCUUUGUGGUCUGCGAAGCGAACGCAAACGUUGGCUUCAUUGCCUUCGACCAGGCCUGCGGCAUGGACGUGGCGGGCAUCGUCGCAGACUACGCCCUGUCGUUGCUCCCCAGCCGCCUCACCCGUAAAAUGUCCCUGCUGUCCGUGGUGUCGAACACCAGCGAGACCAGCAGCGAGCCCGAGGUGUGCCCCGUGCCCACCGGGGGCGAGGGCUCGCUGCCCGAGGCCGUCUGCAACAUGUCCGUGGGUUCUACCUCCAGCGAGAGUGACCCCGAGCUGGCGGAGCCCUCCCAGUCCUCGCCCCGCCAGUCCACAGCCCCCCCCCUGCCCGACCUCCCCGAUCCAGCCUACAACUUCAACACUCUUCUCGCCAAUGAGAUCAAAUUAUUGACUGAGUAAGAUCCAAGCAGCUUCAUGCACACACACACAAACAUGACAAAUGCAUAUGAAGAAUGAGCAUACACACACACACACACACACA